AUGACUGUCGCUCACGAUCUCACCCGCCGGGCGUCGACACAAGCUAUCAACGGGAUGGCGCUCGAAGACAGGUUCGAGGUGCUGAAGGAGAUUGGAGACGGGAGCUUUGGCAGUGUGGUGCUCGCUAGGGUACGGAGUGCGGGCGCCAGCGUCGCCCGUCGGGGCACAAUAAUUGCAAUCAAAACAAUGAAGAAGACGUUUGACUCAUUCUCAGCGUGUCUGGAGUUGAGAGAAGUUGUCUUCCUCAGGACAUUACCAGCCCAUCCCCACUUGGUUCCGGCACUCGACAUCUUCCUCGACCCCUUCAGCAAAAAGCUCCACAUUUGCAUGGAGUACAUGGAAGGAAACCUUUACCAACUGAUGAAGGCCAGGGACCACAAAUGUCUGGAUAACGCGAGCGUCAAGAGCAUCUUGUUCCAGAUUAUGCAAGGACUUGAACACAUCCACGCCCACAGCUUCUUCCACCGUGAUAUCAAGCCCGAGAACAUCCUCGUCUCAACAUCAGCGCAUUCGGACUACACCAACUCCUUCAGGCGAUAUUCGGCCUUAGUGACGCCGCCUUCGACACCACCGACCUACACCGUCAAGAUCGCUGACUUUGGCCUUGCCCGGGAAACACAUUCGAAACUGCCAUAUACGACCUAUGUCUCGACACGGUGGUAUCGCGCCCCGGAAGUGCUGUUGAGGGCUGGCGAAUAUUCAGCACCGGUGGAUAUUUGGGCCGUCGGCGCCAUGGCCGUGGAGGUUGCGACUCUUAAGCCCCUUUUCCCGGGUGGGAACGAAGUAGACCAGGUCUGGAGGGUAUGCGAGAUUAUGGGAAGCCCAGGGAACUGGUACAACAAGGCUGGUGGCCGAGUCGGCGGUGGAGAAUGGAGGGAAGGGACACGCCUCGCCGGAAAACUGGGCUUCUCGUUCCCAAAGAUGGCUCCGCACUCGAUGGAUACGAUCCUGCAGGCACCGCAAUGGCCCGCUUCCCUCAGCCAAUUUGUAACUUGGUGUCUGAUGUGGGAUCCGAAGAAUCGCCCGACAUCGACUCAGGCGCUUGCUCACGACUACUUUGCUGAUGCUGUCGAUCCUCUCCGGCCAAAGUCGUCAGCGUCCAAGAUUCUUGGCCGGAAGCAGUCGGAUAUAAGUAGGGGCAAGGACUCUGUCGCCUCAACGCCGACCUCAUCGAAGCCAUCAUGGUUCAGGAAAUCAUUGAUUGGGCGUGCUGAGAGUGUUGAGGUUAUUGCUGCACCGCAACCGCAGAGUCUCAAGGAGGUUACUGCUCCCCGUCCGGCCCCUAUAAUACCCGCCGAGCCUCCGGCACCGAAGCCGAAGCCGAAUCCCGCAAAACGAGCUACAUGGACAAACGGCCCCUCAAACGUCGCCCCAAUGCCGAUCCUCCCAACCAUCCGGCCUAUCUCUCCGUUGUCCGAUGCCGUUACCGCACAGGCAAGCAGCAGGGCGCCAGCGUACAACGACACGUAUGCGAACGGAAUCCAGGCGCCCGCCGCAGUCGAAGAGAAGGGCUCCAAAAAGAUUGGCCGGCAGCUAUCGGUAACAUCGAGCACCAACAACUAUGCCGAGAUCCACAGGCAACAAGCUGAGCGAGCCCUCAACGGGAACUCGGGUCUUGCGUCUCCGACAAGCGGCCACAAAGAGAGCUUCUUUUCACACCUGCGGAAGAGGGCGAGGAGGUUCUCCGGCAGGCACCAGACGCCGAUGUCGCCAAGCUACGAUGAUCUGGAGGCGCAAGCCGGCUGUGGUCCGUGGGGAAGUAACAGAUCUUCCAUGGUGAUCGACAGCCCGUCUUCGGGCCCUGUCGCGAAAGACACGUAUGAGUCCCUGGACAAGACAUUGCGCGACGGCCCGCAGAUGCCCGAGGUCCCUCCCGCACCCCCUGCUCACCAAGUAACGCCGACCAGUACGCUCAAGCGGCACCAUUCCCUUCCGCAUCACCAGCCGAGGUCCGUGGAUAAUCUCCUUAGCACCACCAGGGGGGUAGGUCCGGUCUCGAGCCGGACACGGAGAGCACAGGCUGCACAGGGCGUCAGCCAGUACGACGCGCCGGACGAAGAAGACGAACUCCUGGACGAGGUUUUGGUCUCUACCCACCGUGCUAUGAAACGGCUCGAAAAGGAAGAUCGGACACUCAGACAGGCCGCGAGCAAUAUUGGGAUGACCAACCCGUAUCCGACCCCGUCACCGUCUGCAAGCGGCAACGUGAUGCUCUUUGGCGACGGCAAGGAGGCAAUUACACCCAAGCCCCUCGACUUCAACAAGAAGACAGCCGAGUACAAGUGGCCCACUCCUCCCUACGAGGAGAAUGAUUGGGCAAGCUCGGCGUCAGCAAGCAUCUGGGCGGCAGGGAACCGUUUCUAG